CGCGGGAGUCGUUAGCGCGGCUGGGACCCUCCCUCCGGUGUGGGGCUGGGACCCCUCGGUGGGGCCGGGGACCCUCUGGAAUCGGGAUGUGGGGCAGGGAGUCCCCGGGGCCAGGGUGAGGGGACCCUUGGGGGCCGGGAAUCGGCCGGUGCGGGGCCGGGACCCGCCGGGAAGGAGGGCUCCGGGCUGAGACCUCUCGGUGCGGCCGGGAGCCUCUGCGGCCGGGGUGCGGGGCUGGGACCCUCCGGUUUGGGCUGCGGGCCGGGGGUGCUGCCGGGCUGGGCUCUGGGUCUGGGUCUGCCCAGUGGGGACUGGGAGCUGCCGCGGUGGGGAUGGGAGCCUGGGAGCCCCCCCGGGAUCGGGGUGCUGGACUGGGACCCCCCACUCGGGCUGGCGGGGGGCUGGGAGCAGCUGGAGUGGCGAUGGGACCCCCUGGUGGGAUUGCGGUGUGGAACCCCUGCGGGGUUGGGGUGCUGGGACCCCCCCGCUGUGGGCUGCGACCCUCUUAGUUGGGGCUGGGGUCCCCCGGGAUGAGGGUCUUGGGCUAGGGCGCCCCCUGAGUGGGUGUCCCAGGGGUCCCUUCAGGGUGGCGCUUCCAAGCUGUGCCAGCCCUGGUGGUGCCAUCCCCGGUGGCACAAAGGCCUGACUGUGCCUGGCACCGGCGGGUGCUGCCCCUGGGUGCUGGCCGGUGCCACCCGAGCGCUCCAGUAUCGGUGCCAGGCCAAGGAGGAGGGGAUGGCUGAGGAGCGAGAUGUCCGUUUUGUCACCGAGGAGAGCUUUGACUUCGGGACUCUGUCACCUUCUGACAGCCAGGAGGAGGAGGAGGAGGAGGAGAAGGCUGAGGAGAGCCCAGCAGGGGCUGGUGGGGGGAGCUGGAGCCCCCUGAGCGGUGCCAACCUGGAGGAGAUGAUGCGGGAGGCCACCCGCCUGGCAGCGCAGCUGGAGCAGUGCCACCUGCCCCCUCCGAGCCCCCCUGGCACCGCACCCCACACCCCCAACAGCUGCCACACCCCCCCGAGCACGCACAGCCCCCGCAGCCCGCGGCGCCAGACCUUCGUGGUGAAGGACAGCCCCGUGCGGGCACUGCUGCCCACGGUGCCCCCCCUCCCUGCCCCCCGCACCCCCGCCAAGGCCCGCGGGGGCCCUGCUGCCAACAACGUCCCUGGCACCUCAAAGCUGUCACCCAGCUGUCACCCCACGGCAUCGCCAAAGGGGCUCCCUUCGGCCAGGGUGCCCCCCCCCGGAGCCAAGGUGCCACCCUCCAGUGCCAGGAUACCACCCUCUGGGGCCAGGGUGCCGCCCCAGAGCCGGGUGGGCCCUCCCCGGGUGGGCCCCUCUCGGCCUUGCCCACCUCGGGGGCAGGGGGCUGGGAGCCGUGGCAAGUCGGAGCCCCCCCAGGGGGGCACAGCAGGCCCACCCAAGACAAGAGGGGGCCCUGCCCUCUGCCCCCCCCCCACCCGCCAGCCCCGUGCCAGGGCCACCACCGUCUCCAUGCCCUCCAGCCGCCCUGCGGUGCCCAGUGCCAACCCCAGGGCACCUGGCCGGACCCCGGCGGGGGGGGCACCCCGAGGUGCGGGGGGGGGCCGCUGGCACCGCUGCCUCGGGGUGCAGACCAGGCCCCCCCCCCAGCCGCCUCCGUGCCCCCCGCAAGCCGGCGAUGAGCAGCACCCCGAGGUGACCCCCCCCAGGAGCCGCCCGCAGCGAUUUGGGGUGCUUGGACCCUUCCCCUCCCCCCCCCCGCCCACUCCCCCUCCCCAAACUCCUGCCUGAGGCAGGGCAGAGCUGGGGGCCGGGGGGGGGGGCGAGGAUUGAGCCCCCCCGGAGCAGGCGGAGCCACAGGUUGGGUUUGGCUUUCAUUACAAAAGGUUCCUGCAGCAAUAGGAAACCCCCCCCGAGACCCCCCCCAAACCCAGCACCCAGGGGUCCCUCAUGCCCCCCCCGCCCAGCCCCCCCCAUAAUAACCUCCCCCCUGCGGGUGGGCAAAGUACUGGGUCGGGGGGGGGGGAGGAGCAAACAUCUCUGCGCCAAACGACCCCCCCCCCCCAUCAGCAUGUGUGCCCCUCCCUGCCCCCGCCGGGGGGGUGGCACAAUGUGGGGGGGGGCAGGGGGGCGGGGGGGGGAAGCUCCCCUCUGCUGUGUGUCUUCUACGUGUCUUUUUUAAAUAAACUCCUCAGCAAGCA